AUGGCUGAAGAAGAUCAUCCUGAUGAUCAACACCAUACGGCCACAACCGCAGGCCUGAAGCUCUUCGGGUUCGACAUAUCCGAAUCGCCAUCCUCGCCGUCUUCCACCUCCCUGCCGCCAGCCGCCGCCGGCGCCGUGUCGGACGGGCGGAAGUACGAGUGCCACUACUGCUGCCGGGAAUUCGCCAACUCGCAAGCGCUGGGCGGCCACCAGAACGCUCACAAGAGGGAGAGGCAGCUCCUCAAGCGGGCCCAGCUCCACGCCGCCCGCCACUUCGCAGCUGCUUCCAGCUACGCGCCCACCGCCGCCUCUCCCACGCUCGCAGCCGCGUCUCAUCGCCACCUCCUCGCGGCGGCGGCGCAGCAUCAACUCCGGCAGCCGGGACCCCCACCGCCUCCGCAUGAUCCGUGGUUGUUGUACGCGGGCCAUCUGGUUCCGGAUAUUUCGGGGCGCGGAGUUGGGUGGGUUGGCGGUGGUGCUGCCGACGUGUUUGAGAUUUCGAGGGAGGCGUGGAGGGGAGAGUUCGACGGCGGGGAGGAGGCUGGGCCAGCUCGCGGUGACAAUGGAUUGGGCUUGGACUUGCAUUUGGGCCUUGGAUGUCGUGAAUGA